UAUCUUUACAAUGAAUACAGGUAUAAAUAACGCAACACACGGUAAACACAAAUACUCUUGGGAGCAGAAUUUUGAUGGAGUUGUUGUGUAUGUAGAUGUUCCGCAGGGACUCAAGAAGGCUGAUAUAAAAGUAAAGUUCGAGCCUAAACAUUUGACAAUCAAAUUGGGGACUGAUAUUAACAUCGCAGGGGAGCUGUGCCAAGUAACAGAUACUGAAGAAUCCACCUGGAUAGUAGACGACGGGAAAUUGGAAGUUCAUCUGACCAAGGCAUUAAAGGGUGAAGUGUGGAAUUGUAUUUUACUCGGUGACCUCGAACUAAGCGCCAUAAACAAAGAAAACGACAAGAAGCGGAUAUUAUUGGAACGACUCCAAAACGAAAAUCCAGGUUUCGACUUUUCAGAUGCACAGUUCAAUGGCCAGGUUCCUGAACCGCGCACAUUCAUGAAGGACUUGUAACCUGAAUUUA